GUACUGUAGGCUGUAGUUUAAAAUUCUUGAAUAUCAGAUCGCCAACGUUUUUAUAAAAUUUAUAUCAGUUUACUUUUAGACAUUAAUACUUUGUGGCCACCAAUUAAUGAAAAAUGCAAAUGAAUCGUCCAGUAUUGGUUUCCUGUAAACCUCUUAAAACAGAAUUGAACCGAUUUAGGAAAAUACAUAUCACUUCUGAUGAGAGUUUUACACUUGGUAGAGGCUUACACAAUGCAAUAGUUAUACCGUCUUUAGUCAUAUCUAGAACUCAUUGUAAAUUCAGAAAAGUGAAUGGUGGUUGGUUAAUAGAAGAUAACAGUGCCUGUGGAAUUGAAGUGAAUGGAGUUAAAGUGGGAAAAGGGAAUUCUAAAAACCUUUCAAAUGAUGAUAUUGUUAGGUUGGAUGCACUUCAAGAGUUUGUGUAUAAAUUUAUUUGGCCUCAUAACGACAUUGCACUAAAGCGGAUCAAAUUGGAGACAGAUGAAAAUUCAAGUAUUAUUGAUGAUGUAAAAUUAAAAUUUGAAGAAUCUCAAAACAUUGAAAUGCAAUACCAUGAAGAUAAAAUACAAAAGCAGAAACAACUACAAGUUGCCAACAAAUUGUUACAAGAUCAAUUAUAUGCAAAAAAGAACAUAAAGGUUGAAGAACUUGAAAGAAGCUUUGGGUUGCAAAUAGAAAAUUUAAAAGGUGAGAAAAAGGAAGUAGACAUACAGAAAAUAUUGCUAAUUAAAGAAAGAGAUGCUCAAAUAUCCACUCUAAAAAAAGAAAUGGAUAAUAAAAUUAAUGAAUUAAUGGAUCGAAUUAAGAUGCACAGUGAAACAGAGACAGAGCUUGCUAUUGAAAAUAAUUCUCUAAAAACAAAAUUACUUAAAGAAAGAGAAGAAUUCCUGGCAGAACUUGAUAAGGAAAAUACUUCUAAGCAUGAACUACUUGAUAGACUACAACAAAAAAUAAAGGAUCAAGAAGAACAGCGUCUAAAGGAGAAACAGGCAUUAGAGAAGGAGUUUCAAGUUGAAACAGAGAAAUUAAGAUUGGCCAAGGACCAAGAAAUGCUUGCAUUAGUGGAACUAAACAAACAAAGAGAAUUGGAGUUACUUGAGGAGCAUAACAAAAUCAAGCAGAGACUUGAAAAGGAAAUAAGUGAUAUGAAAAAGGAAUCAAAAAAAGCAGAAAUACAAUUGUUAUAUAAUGAAGAGGAGAAUAGAGUGAGUAAUGAAAACCAACCUAGAGCUGGUCCAUCGUAUGAAUCGUCAAAGCCUUUAGAGCAAAUCGGACAAAUGAUGGAAACUGAGCUGCAAUGCAGUAUCUGUGCCGAAAUAUUUAUUUGUCCCGUGAUGCUUGGCUGCGGCCAUACAUUUUGCCAAUAUUGUAUUAAUUUAUGGAAGAAAAAUAAGAAAGACUGCCCAAUCUGCAGGACAACGAUAAAAUAUGAAUCUAGAUCUAUUGUAGUGGACUCAUUUAUAGAAAAAAUUCUUCCUAAUCUUUCUGAAGAAAUGAAAAAGAAACGCGAGGAAUCAUUAAAAAUCAGACAAGAAGAGGAGACUUUACCUUCGCCGGGAGCCAGUGGGCAAAAUAACCGAAGAGCAACGGCCGAAAGCGAAAGUGAAUCGCAAUGGGACGACAGCGAGGGCCAAUUCACGGGCAGCGAGGGGGACGCGACGGAGGUCUUCGAGGACGACUGUGUAUUCAGGUCUUCCAUACUCGAUCAAUAUUACUCGUCCGCAAGCGAUUCCGACGGUGGAUUUGUCUUCAAUUCCGACUCCGAGACCGAUGAUGAUGUUACCUCACGAAGUAAUAGUUGUAGAAGACGACCGCAACGCGUACCUGGCAACCCGGGCUCAUACUAUGGGGGCUACGGACGGUGCUACCGAUGCGGCGCGAAGGGUCACUGGGCACCUGGAUGUCCCAACAGGCUCUAAUAUUCAAUUUUGAAUCCCCUGCAAAACUUGUGUUGUACACGCUAACACAAAGCAAUGUAGAAACUAUUACAAUUCUAAGUAAUUGUGAAAAUCAAGAUCAAUGCUAGAAGAUUUUGGAAGGUAGAGACCAUACCAUACCAUAUAGAAGGUAGGGCCAAAAACGUAUAUCAGGACCUUCAGCCACAAUGCUCUACACUACAUUUAAGUACAUAUUACUAUUAUAUACAAAUCGAUUUUAAGCAAGACCCUCGGUCUUGAAAUGUAAUCGAUUUAUAAAGCAUUUUACCAAUAAGUUCGUUCCACGAAAUAAUUUUAGAUUUAUACUAAUACCAAUGUCGACGAAGCUUUGACCCCCGCCAGUUGAUUUUGUCAGGUACAAGUUAUGUAACUCUAUAUACAUACUGGUUUAAUGUCGCAUUUAUUAUAUGUAUGAUCUUUAUUUAAUGUUCAAUAUUUCGUUUUAAUGUUAAUUUUAUAAAAUUAUUUAGUAGUAAUAUGCGUUUGUAUUAUAUACCGUGGUGAGAUACCCUCUAUUAAACUGUGGUUUUAACUGAUUAAAAAGCUUGAAGUGAUUUACUAUGCGUGAUGUUAAGAAAGCUCCUUUGUCACAUCAUCCAGAUAGGUUCUGUGCAAAUGAUUUUGCUGCACCAAAUAAUUACAUAAAAGGAUUAUGUGAUCCGGAGAAUAGUAGUCAGGAUAAAAAACUGAUAUCUAAUCUAAGAACUGCACCAUAAAUAAAUCAUGAAUCAUUUAA